CCAUACGGAGCUGGUUUUGGCUACGGACCUUACGGAUAUUAUCGCCCUUAUAAUCCUAUCAGAGGCGCUAUACGAGGAGCUCUUAUUGGUGGCUUAAUUGGUGCUGCUCUUGGUGGUAAAUAA